UCCAGGCAAGAGUGGCACUCCUAGACCAAAUCCGCCAUGCUCAGAUCAUGCACGCUGCUCUUCUCCACGUUGAUCCUGAUCUCUGGCCUCAGCUCAGGGGAGUGUAACUCCCAACAAGAUGGGGAGCCAACACUCGAUGUGGACAAUGAGAAGGUACAACUAGUGGAGGCGGUCAAGAUGGGAAUCCUAAACUCGCUUGGAAUGGACAAAGAGCCAGACAUCACCCGAAAGGCCUCCGAGCGAGAGUUGAGGAGGAUGUAUCGGCUGUACUGGGAAAAACUGAGGGAGAUGAGAGGAAAUUCCAGCCAGUCGAUGGGGGUGACCAUGUCUACGGUGCUUUUUCCAGCUACAGGGUCAAUGAAAGGACCUCAAGGGGAGGAACUGCCACCAUUGCUCCCUGGUCAGCAAAAGCAGUGGUACAGAGCUGUGUUCCAUAAGAACCCAAAUAUCCAAACAGAGUCCAUUCUAACCCGAGCUAAGCUCAAGGUUUCCAGGCAUAGUCUAUUACAACCAACACAUUCUGAUCCAAGGCAAGAGAUUAAAGUUCAAGUCAAACGCCUUGAGGUGGGGAACGUAACUGGAUGGACAUCUACGGACCAUCAUGCUGAUGUUUCACUCAUGCAUAAUGUGACGAUGGACAUCAGCACUAAGGUGACAAAGUGGAUGAGAACAGAUGAUACGUCAUUGGUUGUGAACGUUAGGAUGCCAACGGGAGAAGGCGACCCGACUAUAUCUUUGGAAUUGGACUUAAUUCAGCCCAAAGCAACUCAGAAUCGAAGGCUGCCUCGCUCCAACAGGGAGGACGAGUGCAACGAACAAGGCUGGUGCUGCCGCAAAUCCGUCAACGUGUCAUUCAAAGACAUUGGCUGGACCGACUGGAUCGUGGCCCCCACGGAGUACACUAUGCACUUGUGCGACGGCACGUGCCCGCACAAUUACAAGCCGGCCACCAUGCAUACGCAGGUCAAGUCUCGCCUGCAUCAGAUCCUGAAGGGCGGCUCGCCUCGGCCUUGCUGUGUGCCAGCAUCCUACGAGCCCAUGGUCCUCAUGUACUACGACAGUAGGGGGAAAUUGAAACUGAAACCUUUUGAUGACCUGAUUGUCACUAAAUGUCACUGUGCCUAAGGCAGACAAAGUUAAUGACUAUUGGAGCUACUUUUUUUUAUGGCUGUUGUUUUAUGUUUUCUCUGAAUGUUUUAUUUAUUGAAAGUUCUAUUUAUUGUCCUAAAUCAUAUGAAUGUAUCAAGUGUGCCAUUGCCAUUGUUACAUCAUUUUAUAAAGCAGUGUUUCCCAACCUUGAAUGAACCAAAAUGAAUCAUAAUAUGCAAAUAUGGUGAUUAAUAAAUAUCCUGUUGGCUUGAGAUAUGAGUUCAAUUUAUUCUGUGACUACACUCAUAACUCUCAAAUCCUCCAUUGAAAGAAAUGGAAAUGCCAUUAAUUGGUUCCAGCUUCCCCAAAAACAUUUGUAGAGUGUUUUUUUUUUUUAAAGGAAAACAGCACUCUUUAAUAUUGUACUUUAUAAAAGGAGACUUAAAUUAUGUAAUUUAACAUAAGGUAAUGAAAUGUAAGAUUUGACACAAGUUUUUGUUUUUGUUACUAUUCACUGGAUAUUGUGCUGCUCCGUUAGUACAUGCA